CUCAACGCCUGCCGGCACCGCCCCUCAACGCCUGCCGGCACCGCCCCUCGCCGGGCUCCUGUUGAUCCCAGCUCGUCUUCUCGCCGCCUCCUCGGCCACGCCUUCCAGUUUCCCCGCCCACGACCUCUCCUUGGUCCUGGUCCCGCCCCGGCCGCUGUCCUCAGGCCUCAUUGGCCCCUUAUCUCCCUAGUAACCAAACCACAACAAUGAGCUAGUAGCACCAAGGAUGGACAGAUUAGGCAUUCCACCAGGAUACUCACAAUCUUUGGCUAAGAUGGCUACACUCAGCACCCGCUCCGAGGAAGGAAGCGAGGCCUUCCAGGAAGCACUAGUGGAUUGGGAGCUGAGCCGCCUGCAGCGACAGUACAAAGUGAUGGAGGUUGAAAGGCGGGCCUACAGCAAGGAAGUCCACCAGCGCAUCAACAAGCAACUCGAGGAGAUCCAGCGCCUACAAGAUGUGCGGAACAAGCUGCAGGUGCAGAUCGGCAUCGCCCAGAGCCAGGUCAAGCGCCUGCGGGACAAUGAGAGGCUGGAGAACAUGAGCCACCUGCUGAAGUGCCGGGCCCAGGUGCAGGCCGAGGUCAAGGAGCUGCAGGACCAGACCCGAGCCCUGGACAGGAAGAUCCAGGAGUGGGAGGCACGGCUCUCUGCCUGCGGCAAGGAUCCCAGGGCCCCUGGGGUCGUCCUGGACCAGAAGGCCAAGACCCGGAAGAGGAUCAAGAUCGUGGAAAACCAGCUGGACAGGGUCACCUGUCGCUUUGACAUCCAGCUGGUUCGGAACGCGGCCCUGCGGGAGGAGUUGGAUUUGCUGUUGGUCCAGAGGAACCACUAUCUGAACAUAGACCGCAAGCUGCAGAAGGAGAUGCAGUUCCUGCGGCACACGCUCAGCGCGCUCACCCUCUCCUCCAUCUCCGCCUACUCCGUCAGGGAGGAGGCGAAGACCAAGAUGAGCAUGCUGCGGGAGCGGGCCGACAAGGAGGGGGCCCAGAACGAGACGGAGGUGCAGACCUUGCAGCGCCAGAUCGCGCACCUGGACCAGCUGCACCGCUUCCUCCAGCUCAAGAACCACGACCGGCAGCCGGACCCCGUGGUCCUGGAGAAGCGCGAGAAACGCGCCCGGGAGGUGGCCGAGGGCCUGCGGAAGACGUCGCAGGAGAAGCUGGUGUUGCGGUACGAGGACACCCUGAACAAACUGUUCCAUCUGACCGGGGAGAGCGACCCGGAGCUGCUGGUGAACAAGUACCUGGAGAUGGAGGAGCGCAACUUCGCUGAGUUCAACUUCAUCAACGAGCAGAACUCGGAGCUAGAGCGUCUGCGGGAGGAGAUCCGGGGGAUGCGGGAGGCCAUGAAGAGUGCGCGCACCGGCCACGCCGCCCGCCGGUCGCUGAAAGAGGAGCAGCAGGCUUCGGUGCUGGAGCAAAUAGGGGAGGUGCGCUCUGAGGCCGACAGCCUGGAGGCCCGCGCCCAGAAGCUGAGGGAGCAGGUGGAGAAGUUCAAGGCAGGCAUCCAGCAGCUCUUCACCAAGGCCCGCUGCGACAACACCAUCAUCAACGACCUCCUGGGGGUCAAGACCUACAUGCGGGACCGCGACAUCAGCCUCUUCCUGGGCCUCAUCGAGAAGCGGCUGGUGGAGCUGCUGACGGUGCAGGCCUACCAGGACGCCCAGAGCUACACCACAUCCAGCUUGGCGAUCGCAGCCCUCACGGUGCUGGGCCAGAGCCCCGAGGACCUCCCCAAGAAGGUGGCCCCGCCCCAGCUCCCCGACAACCUGGAAGAACCCCCAGGCUUUGAGGCCAAAGAAGACUAUCCUCUGAGCAAGGAGGAGCUGCUGAGCUACGUGAUGAAGUCGAUGGAGGCCCGGGAGCAGGCGCGGGAGCAGCACCUGAAGGAGCUGAUGGAGAUGGCGAAGAAGAUGGACAGCAGCCCGCCCCUCACCCUCACGGCCACCCAGAGGGCCAGCUCGGGCACACCCCUGGCCAUGAGCCCGAGCAUCGGCCCCGGCUCGGUCCUGAGCCACAGGACGAACGGCAUCCUGGUGUCCAGCCGACCCACCAGCUCCAACGUUGGCCACGUCACCUUCGGCGACCCCGGCGCCAUCGGCUCCGCCAGCGUCAGCCAGGUCUCCACGGGAGGCCGCGUCGCCUUCAGGCCCGUCAGCUCCAGCAGCUACCUGGGGUCCACCGGGUACCUGGAGUCCAGCGGAGGCCCCGAGAGCGCGGGCGGCCUGCCGAGCAAGGGCACCGGGUCCGAGUCGAGCCCUGGCCCUGACUCCAGCGCCGGCCCCGGCUCCAUGGCGAGCAAAGAGUCCUGAAGCAGCAGCUGGGCGCCUACCCGUCCCUGCUCUCUGCGGGCCCCGAUUGCCCCCCCCCCCCCACAUUGCCCCUGUGACUCCAGCUCCAGCCUCCGCCCGCACAGCUGUCCCCACCUCCUCUUCCUGUGUCCCUGUGCCCAUUGCCAUCGGCUCUGCCUCACCUCCUCUCCGUCUCCUGGUCUCUCUCUGUUCCCCGCCCUGCUUUCCCUUCUGCCUCCCAGCCUCCUGUUCUCAGUGGUUUCCCAUUCACGGUGUGUCUGUCUCCUCUCACGUCCGUCCGUCUCCCCAUCUCUGCCGACUUCUCUGGUUCUCCCCGCACCUCCUGUUUCUGCUUCCCCAUUUCUAGUUCCUUCUCCUCAUCUCCAUCCCCCAGGCUCUCCCGGCCGAGGUCCCUGUCUCAGUAGCUCCUCAUUCUUCUCCCUCCACAUGAGCCCCCAGUACUGACCCUGAGGAAAGAAUCGGGGCAGAAAGUUCAGGAAAUAAAGGGCAGAGCCCAGCUUUA